AAUAGUUAACAAUUAAGAAUUUCUAACGACGAGGUUAUUGUGCAAUAGUGCUAUCAGUGAAGACGUCUCUGGGGUGGUAAGCGGUCUGAUGGGGCUACAGGAAGGAAUGAAAGAGCGUUUUCACUGGGAGCUACACAACACUACAGAUGUACUUGUCACAGAUGGUGGUUUCUCAUCCACGUGUAAAAAUUCGAUGGAUGUUAAAGAAGGAGAUAGACAUUUGUCGUACUGGAAGGACUCUUCAGUGCAUAGUAAAAUUCACAUAUUUUUCUCCACGCUUCUUUUUGCGAUUGUUUUAAUCGUGGAAAAUAUAACAAACUUCAUACAAUUAGAGAACUGCAAGUCUUCAGUCUCCUUUUACUGGAUACAGAGCUGCGUUAUUGUAUUUUCCUUUCGAUUUUGGGGAAGAAAACGAAAUCGAAGUUUCAGGAGUCAAGAAAUAAAUUUCCGUCCACUCCUUUUCUACUUUGUGGCUACUGUAACUUUCUUUGGACUGGAUUUUAAUCAUUCCACCUUUGGGAUUUCUGCUGGAUCUGAAUCCUACUUGAUAUCUCUGGCCUUAGUGGCACCUUUAGUGUUAAUAGCAUCCUGGUUGACUGGUCGCCAUGCCUAUCCUGACAAGAUUAUCCUAUUGGUGGUUGCAUCAAGUUCACUUGUAAUGAUUCUGUUCUGCUCAUUUGAAGAUCGUCCUGCACAUUAUAGAAUGUCUUUUAAUCAUGGAGUUUUUGGCCUUCUAAUGGGCAUGUCUCUGGCUUUUUUUAUUGUGCAGGCAAAAAGAUGCUUGUCCAAGUUGCAGGUUUCAAUUUCCCAGUUACUCUAUUUGCUAAAUUUUAGCUGUGUCAUAUGUCUUCCAUUUAUUGCCCUUCUGUGUGGUGAAUUACCUUAUCUAGAAAAGGAACUGUUGAAACGAGGUGCACUUGAACUAAUCUUCAGUAUCCUCAUUCUGGCUCUGCUUCGUUUGGCAAGCCAAACAGCUUGUCUUUAUCAACUAAAACAUUCAACUCCUCUAUUGAAUGCCACAGUACGAGGAUUUUCUUGGAUAUGGAUAACAUUGUACAUAACUUUACAUACCCCAGGAGAGAGGGGUUCACUUGUGGUGCCAGUACUUGCAGCAUUCUGGUUAUACGGUUUUUUCAUAUUUCUUCCUGCACUCUUAACAGAUUUCUUUUUGAUAUUUUGAAACAAGAAAAAUAAGUAAGAUACCUUAUUUCCUUGAAUUAGCACCUAUGCUCUAAUAACUGCCUCCUCCUCCUUAGAAUGAGCACCCACUCCUUGGGGCCGUAAAAUCAAACAAGCACCCCCCUCAAUAUAAGUGCCCCACCUCCCUCACUUCCUAAAUAGUCAGGAUACAAGGAAAACCUGUUUCAAUAAUUGCCACUUCGUUUAUAACUUUUGAAGCUUCUACUGCGACUGAUUUGGCACAGGGCCUCCUCUCGAUUAUGCACCCUCCCUCUGAUAAGAACCCCUGGCUGUGAUUUCAGUAGGCAAAUUAAUGUGGAGAUACCUUAAUUUUAUGAAAUAUUUUCUUCAGGAUUCGUAUAAAGUGAAGGUGAAUUCUUAUGCAGAACUGUCCUUAUUUCAAUAAGAAGCAUAUUAAAAGUUUGGUUUCUGAAAAGUUCUCAAUACCUCCUCAUAGGGCAGUCUUCGAAAAGCAUCUCCUCCUGCCCAAAUCUUACGAAUUUUCAUUCCAGUGGGUUGUUCACAAUAGCCCUUCCCCAGCCACCAUUAGCCCCUGUAAUUUUUCCACUUGGAUUUCCUGCUUCUUGAAAGUUUAUUUCACAAAACAAAUUUUGAAAUUUCUUUGCCUUAUGUAUACAUAUUGAAAGAGAACUUUAUUGGGUAAGAGGAG